AUGCCCAGCAUUACUCUGUUGACCCAGAUUAGCAGAGUUGGGGAGUCAGCUCUGAGAGCCCUACGUGAAAAGUUAUUUGCCCAUUCCUCAGAUCUUCUUGUUGAAUUUAAGAAGCGUGAUAAAGAUAAAACUGGUCUAAUCACCCUGAGUGACUGGGCAGCCGCCGUGGAGUCUGUGUUGCAUCUAGGACUGCCAUGGCGGAUGCUGAGGCCACAGCUGGUGAGCAGCUUGACAGAUAACAAGCUGGAGUACAAGUCCUGGCUGAAAAACUUGGCCAAAGAACAAUUCAGCCAUGAGAAUAUACAAUCAAGUUUGCUGGAAGCACUGUAUCGAAACCGAUCCAACCUGGAGACCAUUUUUAGGAUCAUAGACAGUGAUCAUUCAGGUAAAGGCGCUCAUUAUCCUGCCACUUCUGACACAGCAAGUAUUUUACCUCCCACCUUUUAGUCUCCUCCCUGAUUAUUUACCUU